CCUUCCGUCUCGCCGACCCGCCCAGCCCGGUGCCCAGAGGCCGCGCGGGGACACCCGCCAGCGCCGCGCGCGGGGGUCGGCGUCGGAGGGGCGCCGCGGGGUCCUCCGUUCCCCGGCAGCCCCCGGGCGCGGUGCAGUCUGGGGGAACAUGGCCGCUUCCGGUGUCGCUCUCGGGCCGGCGCUGGCCUGACUGCGGCCCCUGCCCGGCGUACUCCGCCCUCCGCUCCUCCCGCCCGGCAGCCGCGGAGGUCGCUUCGGCCUUUUCCUCCUGCUGCCCCGCCGCGCCAUGGAGAAGAGCUCGAGCUGCGAGAGCCUCGACUCCCAGCCGGCGGCAGCACGGCCGCCCAGCGUGGAUUCCCUGUCCAGUUAAUGUGUUAAGAGCCAUUGACAUUUGAAGAUCAUCAGAAGUGAAGAUAAAACAUCUCAAAUAUUAUAAUUGCAUCUACUUCUCAUUCAGAGAAUUCAGUGCAUACAAAAUCAGCUUCUGUUGUAUCAUCGGAUUCCAUUUCAACUUCUGCAGACAACUUUUCUCCUGAUUUGAGGGUCCUGAGGGAGUCUAACAAAUUAGCAGAAAUGGAAGAACCACCCUUGCUUCCAGGAGAAAAUAUUAAAGACAUGGCCAAAGAUGUAACUUAUAUAUGUCCAUUCACUGGUGCUGUACGAGGAACUCUGACUGUUACGAAUUACAGGUUAUAUUUCAAAAGCAUGGAACGGGAUCCCCCAUUUGUUUUAGAUGCUUCUCUUGGUGUGAUAAGCAGAGUAGAAAAAAUUGGUGGUGCUUCUAGUCGAGGUGAAAAUUCUUAUGGACUAGAAACUGUGUGCAAGGAUAUUCGAAAUUUACGAUUUGCUCAUAAACCUGAGGGGCGAACAAGAAGAUCCAUAUUUGAGAAUCUAAUGAAAUAUGCAUUUCCUGUGUCUAAUAACCUGCCUCUGUUUGCUUUUGAAUACAAAGAAGUAUUCCCUGAAAAUGGGUGGAAGCUCUAUGACCCUCUUUUAGAGUACAGGAGGCAGGGAAUUCCAAAUGAAAGCUGGAGAAUAACAAAGAUAAAUGAACGAUAUGAGCUUUGCGAUACAUACCCUGCCCUUUUGGUUGUGCCAGCAAAUAUUCCUGAUGAAGAAUUAAAGAGAGUGGCAUCCUUCAGAUCAAGGGGCCGUAUCCCAGUUUUAUCAUGGAUUCAUCCUGAAAGUCAAGCCACAAUCACUCGAUGUAGCCAGCCCAUGGUAGGAGUGAGUGGGAAGCGAAGCAAAGAAGAUGAAAAAUACCUUCAAGCUAUCAUGGACUCCAAUGCCCAAUCUCAUAAAAUUUUUAUAUUCGAUGCCCGGCCAAGUGUGAAUGCUGUUGCCAAUAAGGCAAAGGGUGGAGGUUAUGAAAGUGAAGAUGCCUAUCAAAAUGCAGAACUAGUUUUUUUAGAUAUCCACAAUAUUCAUGUUAUGAGAGAGUCAUUACGAAAACUUAAGGAGAUUGUGUACCCCAACAUUGAGGAGGCCCACUGGUUGUCUAACUUGGAAUCUACUCACUGGCUAGAACAUAUUAAGCUUAUUCUCGCAGGGGCUCUCAGGAUUGCUGACAGAGUGGAGUCGGGAAAGACAUCUGUGGUGGUGCAUUGCAGUGACGGCUGGGACCGCACCGCUCAGCUCACUUCCCUCGCCAUGCUCAUGCUGGAUGGGUACUACCGGACCAUCCAAGGAUUUGAAGUCCUGGUGGAAAAAGAAUGGCUGAGCUUCGGACAUCGAUUUCAGCUUAGACUUGGCCAUGGAGAUAAGAACCAUGCAGAUGCAGACAGAUCACCUGUUUUUCUUCAGUUUGUCGACUGUGUCUGGCAAAUGACAAGACAGUUUCCUACAGCAUUUGAAUUCAAUGAAUAUUUUCUCGUUACCAUUUUGGACCACCUAUACAGCUGUUUAUUCGGAACAUUCCUCUGUAACAGUGAACAGCAGAGAGGAAAAGAGAAUCUUCCUAAAAGGACUGUGUCACUGUGGUCUUACAUCAAUAGCCAGCUGGAAGAAUUCACUAAUCCUCUCUAUGGGAGCUACUGCAAUCACGUCCUUUAUCCAGUAGCCAGCAUGCGCCACCUAGAGCUCUGGGUGGGAUAUUACAUAAGGUGGAAUCCACGGAUGAAACCACAGGAGCCCAUUCACAGCAGAUACAAAGAACUUCUUGCUAAACGAGCAGAGCUUCAGAAAAAAGUAGAGGAACUACAGAGAGAGAUUUCCAACCGGUCAACCUCAUCCUCAGAGAGAGCCAGUUCUCCUGCACAGUGUGUCACUCCUGUCCAAACUGUUGUAUGAAAGGACUGUUAGAUGGGGCCAUCGUCGCCAUGAACUCUUGAUUACAAUGGCAGCUUAACAGAAAGUCUUCUGAUUUUACAACCCAUCUGUGAGAGAUAUUCAGUUGCUUAUUUAUUUUAAGUCUCUCUAGGAUGAGUGCAGAACUCUAGCAGUACAGGUGGCUUAAGUGAAAUAACCCCAUAUGUAAUUACAUGACUAUAACAUGUCACCCAAAGAAUAUUAAAAUGCUGCAAUCCUGGAUCCAUAGUGGGAGUAAGUUUCUAGUUUCAAAAGCAAAAUGCUGUCUCAGAAAUUUUGGUGUCUGGUAAAAUCAAAAUACAAACCACUUCAAAAAUGUACCUCUUGAUGGAAGAGAGCUCAUUGCAGAGGGUGCGUCAGUUGUCAAACCAACACUGAAUUCUGUGGCAUUAUACGUAUGUGGCCUCAGUGUCAUGACAGAUGAAGAAUCAUUUGAUACUCCUUUUCCCAUCAUGGGUGUUUCUUUUUUUUGAUUUACUUUUAUUACAACACCUACAUUCUUCAUAUAUGGUAAGGCAAAGUCUUGAGUAUAUUAUGAUGUAGUAGUUGAAAUUUACUGCUGUUAUUUAUGUACGUAUUUAAGAUGUAUUAUUAGAUACCUGUACAAAAUCACACCUGAUAGAUGUGCUUGUGGGGAGGAUAGAGGAGAAAGGAGUAGCUGCCCAGGAUUUCAGAGACUUCCACCUCCUUCAGAUUAAUUUCCAUUUUCCCAAUUACUAGAAACAUGAAACAUUUUAAAAACUCAUCUACCUUACUUUAGAUUUGUUGGUGUGUCUGAACACAAGUUAAUUGGUAAGUUUUGAGGCAAUAUUUUAAACAGUUUACUAGGACUGCCUUUUUUUCUGAAGUCUGUGUAAACUGCUUAUGGUAAGCACUAUGCUCCGAUUUUACAUGAAAUAUUUUACUACUGCUCUCCUUUGCAAAUUCUGUUAAUUCCACUGAAUAAUUUACCAAAGAACUUACUGCAUGUAAAAACGUAUUCCACUCUCGUUGCCAGUAAAGGAAACGCUGCCUCACCGUUUGCCUGCUGCAGUAAGAAUUCAGUGCUGGUAUAAACACAGUCCCCGGUGUCUGUUUUAUUGUACACAAGAGCCAUAUGUUAUGUACUGUAACAAAGGAGUUUCUUGCCCCUUGGGCCUUUAAUUAAAAUUUCCACUGACUUUGAAACUU